UACACACUUAAAUAUCUACACACUACGUAAAUUGGUCAAUGACAUCACGUUAACAACAUCCAAUAAACAGACAUAUUUCAUUUCCAAAUCUGCAAACUAUUUACAUUCAAGAAGGGAUGAAGUAUCUAUUGCUGUUACUAUAUUCAAUUAAAAUGCGCAGGACAGAAGUUGUGUUGUGAUUUUAACAAUAAAUCGAAAGCUUUGUUAACAAAAAAAGUCUUCUUAUCACAAGUGAAAACACCGGCAAAGUAAAACCGCAUUAAACAGUUCUUCUCUACUAUUUUGGUUCUGUGUCAUUUUUUUAUUGUUAUCAAUAUUUGGAGAUAUGGACAGAAAUACAAGAAAUAUUGUUCUAAAUCCGUUCUAUCAAAGACCAUGGUUAAACCAUGGAGCUGCCGCAUCAGCUGCAAGUGGAGGAAAAGGUCUUAAAGGUAUUGUAGCUGGAGGUAUAACCGGAGGUAUUGAGAUCUGUAUAACAUAUCCCACCGAAUAUAUAAAAACUCAAUUACAACUGGAUGAAAAAGGUGAUCGAAAAAAAUACAACGGCAUAUAUGAUUGUGCUAAGAAGACUGUACAGCAAAGAGGUUUCUUUGGACUAUAUAGAGGACUUAGUGUUUUAAUAUAUGGCAGUAUUCCGAAAUCAGCAACUAGAUUUGGAGCUUUCGAAACACUUAAAGGAUUCAUGAUGGAUACUAACGGCCAACUUAGUGUAAGUGGAAAGUUAUUAUCGGGUUUGGGCGCAGGAGUAUGUGAAGCUGUCGUUGCGGUUACGCCAAUGGAGACGAUAAAAGUAAAAUUUGUACAUGACCAGAGAAGUGCUGAACCUAAAUUUAAGGGUUUUUUUCAUGGUGUUCGUUCAAUUAUUCAAACUGAAGGUCUUGGUGGCAUUUAUAAGGGCUUAACAGCUACUAUUCUGAAACAGGGUUCCAAUCAAGCAAUACGCUUUUUCGUUAUGGAAACAUUAAAAGAUAUCUACAAAGGCAAUGAUCCUGAAAAAAAAGUUCCUAAACUUGUUGUGGGUGCUUUUGGUGCUAUAGCUGGAGCAGCAUCUGUAUUUGGCAACACUCCAUUGGAUGUAGUAAAAACUCGCAUGCAGGGACUAGAAGCUUCGAAAUACAGAAAUACUGCCGAUUGUGCUCUACAAAUAUUGCGAAAUGAAGGUAUCUUUGCAUUUUACAAAGGCACUGUUCCGCGAUUGAGUCGAGUGUGCUUAGAUGUUGGUAUAACUUUCAUGAUCUACGAUUCAUUCAUGGCUCUAUUUAUGAGCUCAAAAUAAUUUUUUAUAAACUAAGUACAUGCAUAUGAUGCAACUAUAAACAAGUUAGUUGCUUUGUAAUAGUUAACACUAAAAAGUAAUUAAAGUUUAUUAAUUUAUAUUUUAUUUAUUGUAUAACAACAUUACAUUGAAAAGUCAUUAUUACACUUGGUGUGAAUUUAAGUUUAUAAUAAUAUCGUUAAAUUUAUAAGGAUAACAAAAUGAUUACACUUUAUCGCAAUUUUUAAUGUUUUUGUUUUGAAAAUAAAAACUUAUUUUUGCAGCAAUCAAUUUGAAUAGUAAGAAGAUAGCAAUCACUUAAACUAUUAUUAUUUGAUCGUAGAAAUGCCUAAUAUACAAAUUUGAAUAAUAACAAAUUAUUAUGGGUAUAACAAUUAAUAAUCGUUAAUUGAUAAUAGAAUCAUACAUAUUUAUGUACAUGUACAUAUAUAAAAAAAAUUCAAAAUAAAAAGAAAUUUUAACAAUUCAUAUUUUCAUAUUGAUUGAUUAUCGCUUUUAAAGAUUUAUAUUACAAAUGUCUUGAAAAGUGGUUUUUACAAAAGUCAUCAAAUAAUUUUACGAAUUGAACCACUACAAUGUCCAAUUGUAAAUUAAUAUAAAAUUACUAUAACAAUACUAAUGAUAUUUUUUUUGGCAUUAAAAGAUUUAACAUUUUUUAAAAGCAAUCCACCGAUUUUAUUUUCUGAAACAAUUAAUUUUUGUACCCAGAGACCUAUUCAUAAAACGAACAAGUUUCUACGUUAAAUAAACGUUUAUAGAUUUAAGAAAAUGGUCUUUAUGGACUUAAAAUUUAAUACAACCUACAACAUUGAAUUGUUUUAAGUUAAAUAUAAGAUAUUUUUAUUGUAAUUCAUUUAGAAAAUCUUUAUAUACAGACAAUGUUAAUUAUUUGUACACAUUCGGUAUAAUUAAGAUAUGCAAUUCUUACUUAAUAAAACCGAAAUGAUGCUAUUAAAAGUAAAAAAUGCAUUUUAUAUAUUAAAUUCUGGUAAGCGAAACUAAUGAAAAUAUUAUAGUCCUAAACCUUAAAGAAUAAACUUUU